AUGGACGAAGAAUGGCGUGGUUCACAGGCUGCUUCACGUUGUCCAUUCCUAAAUCCGGAUGCCGACUUAAAUACCAUUAUUUCACAUAAUGCAUUAUUUUGUGAUCGAUGCCGUGAUGAACAAAUAUUGGAAAAAACAAAAGGCGAGGAGAUUCUGUUUGUAAAUAGUUUACCGUAUUGGAUGUUGCCAUCAAAAAGUGGGGGUCAGUUUCAAAAGGCUCAUGAAUUGGAUAAUAAUGAAUCAAUCUCAUCAAAAGAAUUCACUCAAGAAAAGCAAGGAAUUACCACUGCUUCUGGCUCACGCGUGCAAGAUGAAAAACUGGGAAGCAUCGGGAAGGUGAGAAAGUGGAGAAAAGAAGAUGAAGUACCAAAUGUUUCGAGAACGAGCCAUAAAGCUACUAAAUCGGGAAAACAGGAAUCAGGAAAGCGAGAGGCAAAAAUACCAACUAACAUUGCACUUCAUAAAUUGGCCAAGCAGGGUUUUUCGAAAGAGGAGGCACUGCAGAAGUAUGUUGAAAAGCAACGCGAAAAAGCUCAUCCCAAAUCAGAGGAUGACAAAGUCCAAAUUGACCGAGAGGAUAUGCCAUGGGCACCACCAUUUCCAAAAAUAUUAAGAAAAUAUCAUUCUCUUGUUCAAAGGCCGAUAGAUCAUCAGCGCUAUGUGGCCAUUGUAGCGAACUUUCUGAAUGCUAAUCAUUCGCAACCACGUUUUCAACAAAAUCGGCAGGAAGUGCGAGUUAUGGAUGAAAAGUUGAAGGAUGAGCGUAUACAAUACCAAGAAUUGGUUUUACAAAGCCUCCGUUCUAGAAAAAAAUCAGUAUAUACUUGUAGCAAUCAACGAGCUAUCUCCUAUAUCUUGGAUCGGUUAAGAUCUCGUGCUUCAUCACUGCAUUGUCAAUAUAGUGCACCAAUCUAUGAUGAAGAAAUGAAGGAUUUAGCAGUUGAUGCUUUAACGGUUUUAACCAAAAAAGCAGUACUUUAUCGGGGUACAGUGCCGAAAAUUACUUUGCCAAAUGAAAGACGUCGUUUCAUAUUUAAUCGUUUGGUGGAAGAUAUAUCAGCGCAAUAUCCACCAACCGAAAAAACAAAAUAUCCCCUUGAAUCCGAUGAAUUCGCGCUGCAUUUAGCUGUCAAAUAUGGAGUACGCGUUGUAAUGUGUUCAAGUAGCGCUUUAAAAAUAUUGUGUAAUCCGUGGAUCGCUGAUUCCUCCACAUACCUAAUGCCGGUUGUGGUGAAACGAAGCUUUAGUGAAAGGACGAAUCGUUUUGAAAAUGUAUGUCUUGUCAGUAAACCAUGCAUUGAAACGUCAAUCAACGGUCCCUCAUUAUGGCGACGAUAUUUGAAGUUUUCUGUCAAAUUAGCAAUUCAUGGUGAUUUAAAAAAAGAAGCGGAUGCGAAAAUGUCAGCAAAAACGGGUGGGCGUCAGCGAGCUAACUGUACAAGACUGGGACAAACUAAUCAAAUGCAACAAGAAGCAGAUAACGAAAGCAAUUUGAUAAUUGUUGAUGAAGUUGCUGAUAGCGAGGAAACACCUUCAAAUCUACCGUCAAAUGCAAUUAGCAGGAAAGAAGUGAAUAACACUCAAAAUGUAAAAACCAGUGCUGUGCCAUCAUCAUCAUUAUCAUCGUCUGCUACGACACCAGUUUGCGAUGAUAUUCUUGGUGAUAUCAUGAAUGAAAUGGGCACCAAUGAUACUGGUAUUGCAAGCAGUUAUGGAGGAAUGGAUCAAAAUUCUGCUCUUCCCUCAUUUAAUGGUGCUGAUCUCAGUAAACGUUAUACAUUAUUCUCACUUGGGCAUGAUGGAAUGCAAGAUGUAGAUUUAAUUAUACGAGCCAAUAACGAUGGUGUUGAUGGAAUGGGGAAUGAGCUGAGUAUUGUUCACAAGAUUGAAUAUGCCGCCGAAUUUGGUGCUGAGAGGGUGGAUGAUGAAGAAUGGCUACACGAUUAUUUUCGUUGCAAAUUAAAGUGUGCUUCACAGCUUGUUCGCUUAAGAAUACAUUAUUUGGAGCAGCAUCUUCUUCAAAGGGAGCGUUACAAUGAAAAUAUGUUAACUGCAAAUCGACCGGAUCUACGAAAACUUGCUGAAGAACGAACACAGUGGUUGAAAAAGAUAAUCGUGAAAUUAGAAUCUCUUCAACCGGGCAAUUAUUUGAUUCGGAAAGAAUCGAACAAAUUACAAAUUUUGCGCCCAACAGAUGACAUGGAUAAUUCAUAUUUGACAGAGAAACAGUUGAAGGAGUUGAAUUUCGAUGAACGUUUACCGCCGAUCCAAGAAGUUUUUCGUGGAAUUGAUGAACAUUUAGUGCUUGUGUAUCAUAUUGUACAGAAACGAAUACCAGCCUCGUUUGGAGCCAGAAAAGAUAGUGUUAUGUCAAGAAAUCCAAGAAAAGAACAAAUUAGUACAUUACACGGCAGUGACCAGCAGGCUCAUCGCCAACAAUCCAAGGAUACCGACGAUGUGUUCGGUGAUCCGUUGGAGGAGGAAGCAACUAACACACGGGAAGGUAUAUCAUCGUCAAUUUAUCGAUCCAGAAGACGUGGAAAACGUAAUCAUUCAAGAAGAAAUUGUAGAGGCGGUUCAAGAACACCUAUUUGCAACAAACGUUCAAGAUUUGUCGAUUUUGAUGCGCCUCAGGGACUAAAAGGGCACUAAAGAUACUGUAGUCAGUUAGCUUAUCGAUAUUUGAUAGUUAAUGCUUUCGUUUUUUGUUUCACUUAGUGUUCGUGUUCAUAUUUACGUUUCUGUAUUUGAGAUUUCAUCUUUGAUCUUUAUUUUAGAUUCAGAAAUAUGAAUUUAAACUUCUUAAUAUCAAAUAUUUUUCGAAAAAUCUUACCAAUACUUAGCUUGUUUGCUCAUUUUUCUCGCUUUCGUCGAUUAAAUUUAAAUGCAC